UGCGCACAGUGCUCACAGUGCAGGUGUGGGCACUUCGGAGUGGGUUCUUUAGGUUUGGGUCUGACGCCGUGCAUGUUCCAGUUCUUUGUCAGACCGAACUGUUAGCGCUGUGAGCCACCUGCGAGUCUCCUCGUCUGGAAAUGUCUUCAGCUGAGCAAAAUUCAACAUCUAGUUUGCUCAAUAAGUUUGAAAAACUGUCAUGGAGGCCCUCCAUCAGAGAUUCAGGUUCCAAAAAGCGUGCACGGUGGCUCCAGGCUCGACGCCUUUUUUCCCCUUCAUGUCCUAACCUAAGAAUCCCAAACAGAUUUUUAAGAGAAGGGCAGUUUGUACCUCCUGCCAGGAGUGGGCAUCGCUGUGUUGCAGACAACACUAACCUUUAUGUGUUUGGUGGCUAUAACCCAGACUUUGAGGAGGCUGGGGGUUCGGAAAAUGAAGAUUACCCCCUCUUUAGAGAACUUUGGAGGUUUCACUUUGCAACUGGCACCUGGCAGCAAGUCCGCACAGAGGGUUACAUGCCCACAGAGCUAGCAUCUAUGUCCGCUGUCAUGCAUGGCAACAACCUUCUCGUGUUUGGUGGGACUGGCAUUCCCUUUGGUGAAAAUAAUGGCAAUGAUGUCCAUGUUUGCAAUGUCCACUACAAACGAUGGAACCUUCUUAACUGCAGAGGGAAGAAGCCCAACAAGAUCUACGGACAGGCCAUGAUAAUUGUGAACGGUUAUCUCUAUGUGUUUGGAGGAACUACGGGUUAUCUGUACAGCACAGAUCUGCACAGGCUGGACCUGUCCACCAGAGAGUGGACCCACCUCAAACCAAAUAACACUCCCUCAGACCUACCAGAAGAAAGAUACAGACAUGAACUAGCUCAUGAUGGACAGAGGAUAUACGUCUUGGGUGGAGGGACUUCAUGGACAUCAUACCCGCUGGACAAGAUUCAUGCUUAUAACUUGGAGACAAAUUACUGGGAGGAGAUUGCAACCAAACCUCAUGAGAAAAUAGGAUUUCCCACUGCUCGCCGAUGUCACAGCUGUGUUCAGGUCAAAAACGAGGUUUUUAUAUGUGGAGGUUAUAACGGAGAGAUGAUCCUGUCUGACCUCUGGAAAAUCAACCUGCGAACGUGUGAGUGGACCAAGCUCCCUGCUUUGAUGCCAGAGCCAGCGUACUUUCAUUGUGCAGCAGUGACUCCAGCUGGCUGCAUGUAUAUCCAUGGAGGGGUCAUCAACAUGUCAGGAAACCGAAGGACUAGCUCUUUGUACAAACUGUGGUUGGUGGUGCCGAGCCUGUUGGAAGUGACCUGGGAGAAGCUGCUGAAAACAUUCCCUCACUUAGCGCAGCUGUCCACUCUGCAGCUGCUGAGCCUGGGCCUGACACACUCACUCAUCCAGAGGCUCAAAUAGAAGCACAGACUGAGCAGGCCGGUACGUGAAAAGAUUUUAAAAGGACCAAUAUUUUUUUACCUAAACUCCAUGUAUGUGAAAAAGUCAAAUGAUGUCAUGGUUUGAAGAAAAAAAUAUUUUUAAGUGUAAUUUUCAAGAUGCUUUUUAUACAUUUAUCCAUCAAAAACUUAUUUGAGGCACAAAUAUUAUUGCAUGUUUUGUUUCCAUAUUUUGGUGAGAAAGACAUUGCAUUUAACAUGUGGCAAAAAAACUGAGAGAACACUGAUCAUGCUGUUGUCGUGAGUACAUGGACAAGGAUGGCAUCACUGUGAAUUCUGGAGUGCCUCUUGAUGAAGCUUGAAAUUAAUUUAUUUUCUCAUUUUUUUGUCAUUUGGUGCCUUCUAAAUUUACCGAAUGUCCAAAGGCAAAAAGUGUGUCCUGGCAGAGUUUAAUUUAACAUCUGUGAUAUAUUGUAGUUUCUUUUGAUGUGUUACUUAGUGUACCAUGAGCCUUUUUUUUUUUUUUUUUUUUUUUUUAAACCAGGAUUGUUCAUAGGAGUUUUUUUUUAUAUGAAAUACACAGAUGUUCUGUGGUUAUUUAUUCUUAUCACUGUGCUGUUUAUAUUUAUUUUAUCUUAGAAUCUGUAGCCAAAUUUGUAAUGGAUUAUCUUAAUUCAUUGUUUAUUUUUACAGGUAUGAGGCAGUUUUAGUUGGAAUGGGUUAACGUAUCUUUUAGAACAGAUUUUGACUGAGCACUGUAACACCCAUACUGUAGUUUCACAUCCUGCACAGCACCACCUAACUGCCUUUUUUUUUUUUUUUUUUUUUUUUUAAUAUAUCUGAUAAUCUUGCCUUUUGGUUUGCAUUUUUUUCUAUUUGAUGUUCGUCUGUAGACAAUGACCUACCUUCUUGUAGUUAAUGUUUAUUUGCAUCACUCUGUCAAAGAGCAGUUUGCAUGUCUGCUGUGCAUGUUACUUGAACUUGGGGCUCUGGUCUCCCCGAACGCUCUUGGCUGUAAUGUACACUUUAACUUUCCAAAUAAAGUAACGGCAGCCUUUU